UCUGUGGAUAGACAUUGUUCGUUAUCACGGUAGUUGGUUAAAUAUUAUUUAACCAAUCAUUCAAGUCUCUCAAAAUGGCACAAAAUACAAGGCCCGUCAUCGUGAUGUUAUUCCUGAUAGCUAUUAUAUGCAUCGUGACCUCUUUGCCGGCCUCAAUGAACAUGCCAAUAGUAGACCCAGGGCUGUUUGUGAUAUCAGGCGUAAAAACUUGUGGGAAUACUUCCGGUUAUUGUCUUCUGGGUAGUGAUUGCACUAUGGAUGAUGAUUUUUUACCAGAUCCAGCUGGUAACUGUGAUGGUUUGAAACGCGCAUUCACCCCAAGUGCUCCUUUUGCUUGUUGUAAGUUUAACCAAAAAUCAAUGCAAUCAGGGGCAUCGAUAAUAGACACUAGUACCAAAAAGACAACUAAUACUGUAACUAAAGAUAAAUUUGGAAGAAACACACGGGAAAAUAUCGAUGCUUUACAAAUGGACAAUGCUCAAUUGGCAAAACUGAAUGAAAUUGAGUUAGUGGUUAAAAAAAUUGUUGAACAAUUAAUAAAUGAAACUGCAAAUAAUAUCAAAGCCGAAGAAACUAUAAUCAAUAAUGAAACAAAAAUGGAAGAAAAUACGAUUAGAAAUAGUAUAAAUGAUGAAAAACCAACAAUUAAUGACAUUAUUGAAAUAAAAGACACAACUGUGGAUCCUUCAAUAAAUACAGAAGAAACAUUAGACGAAGAAUAUCUGAAAAAAGAUAUACCCCUAGAUAUACAAAAAGACAAUGAAACAAAUACAUCGGACACAACUGAAUUAGAGACAGAAGAAUCAACCAUUGAUGAUGAAUUUAAAGCUGAAAAACGUAUUUGUCAAAAAUCCUGUAAAAGUGAAAUAAUUUUUUUGGUUGAUAAAAAACCCAUGUGUUAUGGAACGCUUUUAGAUGAUAUAUGGAUACUUACUUCUGCUACAUGCGCUUCCAGGUUAAAUAAAUCAGGUAUAAGGAAAGUGACAGUAAGUCGAAAAGAUUAUUCAGUGGGAGCUGCACUAACCAUUUCGAAUAUAUUAGUACACGAGAAUUUUAAGUCACCAGUUUCUAAAAACGCACCAGAAAACAAUGAUUUAGCACUAGUUAGUUUAACUGUUCCACUUGAAGGUCAAGAAUGUACUCCGUGUUUUAGUCAAAAAAAUACUAUAACAAAUGAAGUAUGCAAGACUUUUCAAAAUCCCAAUUUUAAGAAUACAGUGAAAUCAACCGAAAACUGUGAAGGUCGAGUACAGCUACGAAAGUUGAUUAGUAAUCCAUAUAUAAUACUGCCGUGCCAUCACUGGAGAAUGCAAUACAAUCAAGAAGGGCGACUGGGAAGCAGUCUGUGGUGUGACGGUAAACUGGCUGGCGUCCAAACUGGCGUUGGCGUAGGGUCGUUGAUUUAUACACCAGUGAAUGAGUACGCCAUGUGGAUAUCCGAUAACAAGAGGAUUGAAGAAAGAAGAUGAACAAAACUUCGAUCGGAUGAAGACCUUGUGUAUUAAAAGACUGUGCAAUUAUUAAAAUAUUUAAUUUAUUUAAUAUCGAUUUUAUGUAUUUACUGUGUAUUGAUAAGUUUUUAGAUUAUAUUUAUGUUUAUAUUAUAUUUAUUUUAUGUAACUUUAUAAAUUAAUUUUAAAACAGUGAACAUCCGAAACAAAACAAUAUAUAUAUAUAUUGUUUAUUUAAAUCCAUUAUCCGUUGCUGAGGGUUUUCAAAAUCAUUUUAAAUGAAUCAAAACGAAUAAAAGAUUAUUUCUAUCAUAAUAAGGGGUUAGAUAUAGUAAGUGUUAUAACCUGUCUACACUUAAGAUAACUUAUGAUUAUUUUUUUUUUUUAAUAACUAGUAGGUACAUUAUAUCUGGCCGGUUUAUAUUAUAAAAGAUCUUUUCGUUUAGUACAACAUUAGUUUUAUUACCUGACUGGCUGACUAAGAAUAUAAUGGGGUUGGAUACAAGGUUACUUACGAAGGGAACAACGAACGUUCAUCAGCCUUAUGUCGUUUUAAUGAUCUUUAUAUAAAAUUAUAUUUUAGAAUAUGAAACCACAUUUUUUCUUUGUAUAAAACAUGACAUUAGUAGCUUACAAAAAUAAUUACUAUAGAAUUUCCAACCCAAAAUAAUAUUAUUGUAUUUAUCGAAAUCAAGUUAUACAUUCAUAGUCCCAAAUAAAAAACUUUUGUACAGCACUGUCAAAUGAAAACUAUUUUUUACGUUAUUAUUUUGAUUGAAU